AUGCUGCUGAGGGAGGCGCUGGCAGCAACCUUGAGCACCACCGAGCCGAACCCCCUUGUUGGUGUCUCGGGCGAAUCAUGGGCGGUCGUGGCCGAUGUGACGAGCCUGAGUGGCGGCGCGACUCUCCCAGCAAAAGACAGCAGUCGCACAGGCCAGCAGCAUACCUGA